AGUAAUCCCUCCAAAUGUUUUUCCUUUUCUUUCUCUUCUCUUUCGCUCUCUCUUUCUUAUUCUUAUUCUUUUCCUUUUACUAUAAAAAACUCCAUAAACAACAACAAGAAGGAAAAUCCCAGAAUGAGCCGGCCCUUUUGAACCGCUCUCUCUCCGAUAUUGUAGAUAAAAAUGCCCAAACCCAGGAAAACGACCCGACCCAUUUGCCCCAUUCGCUUCUUCUAGAGACCUUGCCUACUGAUUCUGCAAAAUGGGAUGGUUUGUUUACGGGUGAAAACCAACUCAGAGGAGAUACGGGUCAAGUCGGUACGGGUCGAAAAGGGGAGCGUUGUGAAUCAGGUGGUGAGGAUCAGAGGACCAGGAAGAAGAAGAAAAGAGGGAAGAAGAAGAGAUUAGAUUCCCAAGGUGAACAAGAAAGGUGUAGUUUUGCUGAGGAAGAGAAGAAGAAAAGGGAAGAACCAGGUCAGGGAUGUCCGGGUUCUUGGGUCAAGCCGGACCUGGUUUGCUUGUACCCCUUUACAUCAACGAGAAGCGCAACGCAAAGGAAGAUCAAGCGACAGUAUGAUCGGCUUGUUAAGUGUCAUGAAAACAAAGGAUUAACAUUGACUCAGGUUGGAGAAUUUGUUAAUUGCUUGAUUGAGGCCAGAAAUGAGCUGCAACACAAGUCUGAGGUCAUCAAACGUAAGUUUACAAUAACAAAGGCUCUACUAUUCAAAGCAGAUCGAUCUUCAAUUGAUCGCCUGUGGCAGCAGAUAUACAAGAUAGAAAUGGAACAGAAGAGAUUAGAAGAGGAUGCAUUUGUCUAUAAUUUGCUCCAACAGCAACUUAAACUAUCUCCAGCAUACAAGAAGAUGGUUGAAAUUUGUGCUUGCAUGGAGUUAAAGGCCAAAUCUGAUGAGCUGAUGGAAGGCACAGACACUGAAUUUGCUGACAUUUCUUUUGAAGAGUUAUUAGCUCAGGAAAAGAAGGAUUCGUUUUGGCAGAAAAAUGGCAAAUCAAGAUUAAGCUCAAACUGAUGACAAUAUUUGUUUAGCUAACUGUACUAUGGAACCGCACCACUUUUUGUAGCAAGUUCUCCAAUGGGAUCUACUCAAUCCUACAGAAUGACAAAGCUCUGAUUAUUUCACCAUGUUCAGCUGAAUGCAGGCCUCUGCUAGCAUCCAACACCACCUUCCGAGAUGAAACAUCUGCUUAUUCUAUUAUCGCUCCAAUCUUUAUAUUGCCCCUGAUGUUGUCGGGCUUUACAUGAUCUUGUUGAAGCUUGAGUAGCUUAUUAUUCCAUUGCUCAAACAUCUAUUUCCAGAUUGAAGCCCAUGAAUAGAAGGGGUGGUGUUAGUGUAGAUUUUACCAAACUUGAAAAUGUUACCUUGAAUAUGGGGAAGAUUAGUAUUUGACAGAGUUGCCUAACAAAUGCAUUUAUGUCACAACAGACCCAAUGACCUAAUACUUAUCUGUGUACAAAAAGGAAAAGAGAAAUGGGCUAAACCAGGAAUGGGGUUCUGAGGCUCCAUAUUUUUUAUACAUUUGUUUCUAUUUUUAACACCACAAUUUUA